UUCUGGAGGCUCCUCCGCUGCGAUGUGAGGUGAUCACAGAGAGGAGGGAGGAAGCAGAGGAGGAACACUCGGUACUAAGACUCAGCAGCAUCAUGGCACCUAUCGGAUUAAAGGCGGUGGUCGGCGAAAAGAUUAUGAAUGAUGUGAUCAAGAAGGUGAAGAAGAAGGGAGAAUGGAAGGCGCUGAUCGUGGACCAGCUCAGCAUGAGGAUGUUGUCAUCCUGCUGCAAGAUGACAGACAUCAUGACAGAGGGCAUCACCAUUGUGGAGGACAUCAACAAGCGACGAGAGCCUCUUCCCAGCCUGGAGGCCAUUUUCCUGAUUACACCCACAGAGAAGUCCGUCCAAACCCUCAUCGCCGACUUCAAAGACAUUCAUUCAGCCAAAUACAAGGCAGCCCAUGUGUUCUUCACUGACUCUUGCCCUGAUCCUCUGUUCAAUGAGCUGACGAAGAGCCGCGCUUCCAAAAGCAUCAAAACUCUGACAGAGAUCAACAUUGCCUUCUUACCCUACGAGUCGCAGGUGUACUCUCUGGACAAUGCAGAUGCCUUCCACAGUUUCUACAGCCCCCAUAAGACGCAGCUGAAGAACCCUGUGAUGGAGAGGCUGGCUGAGCAGAUUGCUACGCUCUGCGCCACCCUGAAGGAGUACCCUGCUGUCAGAUAUCGAGGUGAGUACAAGGACAACGCCACCCUGGCCCAACUGGUGCAGGACAAACUGGACGCCUACAAGGCUGAUGACCCCACUAUGGGAGAGGGUCCAGAUAAGGCUCGCUCACAGCUGGUCAUCCUGGACAGGGCAUUUGACCCGGUCUCUCCUGUCCUUCAUGAGCUCACCUUCCAGGCCAUGGGCUACGACCUGCUGCCCAUCGAGAACGACGUCUACAAGUAUGAGACCAGUGGCAUGGGGGACUCUCGUGAGAAGGAGGUUCUGCUGCAUGAAGACGAUGACCUGUGGGUGAGCCUGAGACACAAACACAUAGCCGAGGUGUCCCAGGAAGUGACACGCCAGCUGAAGGAGUUCUCUGCCAGCAAGAGGAUGAACACUGGAGAGAAGACCACAAUGAGAGAUCUGUCCCAGAUGCUGAAGAAGAUGCCUCAGUAUCAGAAGGAGCUCAGCAAGUACUCCACCCAUCUGCAGCUGGCUGAGGACUGUAUGAAGCACUACCAGGGAACAGUAGAUAAGCUCUGCCGUGUGGAACAGGAUCUGGCUAUGGGAACAGACGCUGAGGGUGAGAAGAUCAAAGACCCAAUGAGGGCCAUCGUGCCCAUCCUGCUGGAUGCCAACGUCAGCACAUACGACAAGAUCCGCAUCAUCCUGCUCUACAUUUUCCUCAAGAACGGUAUUACAGAGGAGAACUUGAACAAACUGAUCCAGCACGCUCAGAUCCCCCCUGAGGACAGUGAGAUCAUCACCAACAUGGCCCACCUGGGGGUCCCCAUCAUCACAGACUCCACCCUCCGCAGAGGAAAGAAGCUGGACAGGAAGGAGCGUGUGAGUGAGCAGACCUAUCAGCUGUCCCGUUGGACACCACUGGUCAAGGACAUCAUGGAGGAUGCUAUUGAAGAUAAGCUGGACACCAAGCACUACCCUUACAUCUCCACCCGCUCCUCUGCUUCCUUCAGCACCACUGCAGUCAGUGCUCGGUACGGCCACUGGCACAAGAAUAAGACUCCUGGAGAGUACCGCACCGGACCACGUGUCAUGGUCUUCAUCAUCGGGGGCGUGUCCUUCAGUGAGAUGCGCUGCGCCUAUGAGGUCACGCAGGCCAAUGGGAAGUGGGAGGCCAUCAUUGGUUCCACCCACUUGCUCACCCCCACCAAAUUCUUAUCGGACCUGCAGCACCCCGACUUCCGAGAGUCCACUAGGGUGUCCUUUGAGGACGCAGAAGCCUCAGCCGAGUGAGGCAGAGAGAGAUUGGGAGGGAGGGAGAGAGAAAUCACACAGAAAAAAGAUCGACCAACAUCUUCACCCCCACCACCCUGCUGGAGCAGCUCAAGGCCAUGAACAAACCAGACGAGGAAGUGACAAGCUAAAAUCCUCCAACAACAUCGCUCUCCUCUUUCCCUUAACCCCACUGCCCUUUGACCCGUCUGUCCCCUGUAUCCUUCCCUACGUUCAUGUGUAUGCAUCUUGCUUGAGAAGACAAAAAAAGACAUCUUAGAUGAUAAAAAAUAUAUGUUGUAUCAAAGAAUAAAACUGUUGCAAGUAUUCUCAUGUUUUACAAUGGAUGCAACUAAAUGAACUUAUUAAAAUAGGUUUAAAUAUGAGAACAGAAGGCCAUUUAAAACUGAAAGUACCAAAAUGUAAUAUUGUAUGCUAUGAAACCUGCUAGAAUGUGUAAAGGUAGACAUAUCUCAUUCCUUUGGGUUUCCUCCUUGCUGUGAGUUUUAUUGGAAGCUGAUGGAGGAGGGCUGUGCAGUUUGAGAGGUUGAUGUUGUAAAAUAUAUCAUAUCAGUCAACAUGCAAUAUAUUUAAAUAUAUCAUCAGAGAGGACCCACACCCCCCCUGCCCAUUUGAGAUGUUCGUAUUCAGUAGCAUGCUUGGACUUUGUGUGGACUGUUAAUGUGUUUGUAUCCAGUGUGGAGGUUCUGGGAGCCGCAGAUUUAGCAUUUAGCUUUUUUUCCUUAAAGAGCUUGAAUACUUCUAUGAAAAAAAACUUGUUUUGAGUAUCAAAAUGUAUAAAAAUAGGCUUUCAUAUUUAUGCAAUAGUUUAGAUUUAUGUAUGAUAUCUGGCAGCCACAGACUAAAGCUCUGUCUUCUUUAUAUGUUGAUGGAGAUGAAACUGUUUGGAACAUUUGGAGCGUACAGUAAGAUAUGGACAACUAGGACUAUGCAACAUGAGUGGUAGAAGAGUCUGGGAUGUUUCCAAACAGUUUUGUUUGGGGGGGUGGGUUGAAACCAUGCUGCACCCUAGCCACUGUAGGCCUUGAGCACAAAGAAGUUGCCAAUGAUGGUUAUAUUCUCACAGACUUGGAGAGUCAACCUCUCUGCUGACGAUGGUGAAAUUGGCAUGAAAACUUUAUUGUGAUUUGCCAAAACAGUGAAGAAGCUAGUGAUGUGCAAGAAAGGGUCAUUUAUAUUUGUAGUGGGUGAAUAUCUGUUGAGGAGAAGAUCUUUGUUGGGCUUUCGGUGUCCCUGGCCUCAAUUAAUAUAGAUCUGUACAGACCCAUGUGCUGCUUUGGACGGCCUUUAUUUCAGGACAAAGUGCAGGUUCCUUUUUUAAACAAGUGAACUAAAACGCUAACGUGGUAUAUAAGAGAGGGGAGAGGGUCAUGGUGGUAACUUGUAGUCUUACAAACUACAGAUUUGAUUCUUUUGGAAGUCACAGUGGCAAUGUUACGCAAAUGUUUGAUACUCGAAACAAACAUUUUCAGAGAAGUAUUUUGUUAACACUAGGUGGAGCAGAUGUUGAAAUGGAAAACGCUCUGUAAAAAAGCCAGAAUCAUCCCCCCCCCCUCCACCUGUUGAAACUGUAAAGUAUUUACUUACCACAACAUUUUCCUUUCUCUGGACAGACUUCACGUUUUAAUGUCAAAGAGGCCGUUGCUUGCUGAUAUUUAUGAAUAAUCCUACAGGGCCAGUUGUAUUUCAGUAUUGUGUCAGACUCAGUCUUAUCUUUGGUUAGUAACAAUGUUUAAUUGGGCCAUGCACUGAGUAGUGUUGUGUAUAUGCCAUAUGUUGCUGUUUUAGCGUCUCACUGUUGACUGGUGAUAUUUCUAACUGUGAAGUAGUGAUACUUUUCCUUUCAAAAAGCCAAUGUGAAGCCUCUGUGUUUGUGAUGUUUAGCUCUAGCUGUUAGUCGUCAACUGGGAAAAAAGAACUUCUAUCUAUUUUCUUUGUCUGUUUCCUCCUCUGGUGCAAUGUAAAACCCUCUGAUGGUGAAUGGCUUUGCAAAAAAAAGAAAAAUGACACUCACCCUUUUGACUUUUUAUUCCCCCUCCUCCCUUCCCUUCCGCCAAACAAGUUGUAUAUUGCACUAUAAUGCGUUUUCUGUGAUGCAAACGCUUGACUUUGUGUUUAUUUAUUUAUUUUAUAAUUUGCUGUUGUAUAGGGUUUACUCAAAUCAACGGAGUUAUUCAAAAAGUCUAAAUAAUUUAUCAGAGAAGAGAUAAUAAUGUUACAUUAGUCUGUCCUAAAACUGUUGAACUAAUCGGGAUUGUAUGUUUGCGAGUGUCGAAGCACAAACAGUACUUCCAUGUGUACCUCAUAUGUACUACGGCUGUCUAAUAAAUUGGCUUCCAUCAAA